AUGCCGCUGCACUCCACAGUACUAGAUCCCAUCAUCCAUAAUUCGAAUCGCGCACUUGCCAUACUCGAUAUCGCAGCCGUCACAGAUCCUAGGCCACAACUAUAUAUAUCCAUCCACCAUGAAAAUCUUCAGCUUCGUCCUCUCAUUCAUGUUCCUCGGAGCUGCUACCGCAGCGGUCGCUUCAAACUCGAGCAGUCAGAACGGCGACGAAGUUCUACGCAGUAAUUGCGGCCAGCUCUGCACGAGCAAUCAGGACUGUCGCGAUGGAAAAUGCCCCGUAUGCUCUAGUAAAGAUAACGUCUGCAGGCCGUAUGAUGCAUGGUUUUCCAGAGACUGUGGGAAUUAUCGAGAUGAGAUUGAUGACUCGGGGAAGCUCAAAAUUAUAGCGAAGUGGCUUCUUCUGUCAGAUUGCAGCGGAGAAUGACAAAAGGAGGAAAAGCGGAGUGCGAAAGGUGCUACUAUUACUUGG